CGCCCCUCUCCGCGGGAGGCGUCGGGGCCCGCGGCUGGGUGGCGGGUAGUUCCCGCCGGCUGUGCGCGCCCGCCUCGGGGCUCGCUCUGAGAGGACGCGGCGGCGGCGGCGGACGCGGAGCCCUCGGCGCGCAGGCAGGCGGACCGGCCGAGCUGCGCGGGGCUGCGCGCCGCCUCUGCUCCGCCGCCAGGCCCCGCGCGGCUCCCGCGCCCGCCUCUCCCCUUUGUCCGCGGGCCGGAGCGGCGGCGGCAGCGGCGGCGUCCGAGCGGCGGUCGGAGCCCGCGGCGGCGGUUGAGGCGGCGGCGCCCCCGCGGCCGUGCGCCAGCGCCCUCGCGCCGAGGCGAUGCCGGACCAGAUCUCCGUGUCGGAAUUCGUGGCCGAGACCCAUGAGGACUACAAGGCGCCCACGGCCUCCAGCUUCACCACCCGCACGGCGCAGUGCCGGAACACCGUGGCGGCCAUCGAGGAGGCUUUGGACGUGGACCGGAUGGUUCUUUACAAAAUGAAGAAAUCCGUGAAAGCAAUCAACAGCUCUGGGCUGGCUCACGUGGAAAAUGAAGAGCAGUACACCCAGGCUCUGGAGAAGUUCGGUGGCAACUGCGUAUGCAGAGAUGACCCGGAUUUAGGAAGUGCAUUCCUGAAGUUCUCAGUGUUUACAAAGGAGUUGACAGCUCUUUUCAAAAACCUGAUUCAGAAUAUGAACAACAUAAUCUCCUUCCCUUUGGACAGUUUGCUGAAGGGGGACCUGAAAGGAGUGAAAGGGGAUCUGAAAAAGCCUUUUGAUAAAGCUUGGAAGGACUAUGAAACAAAAAUAACCAAGAUAGAAAAGGAGAAAAAGGAACACGCCAAGCUCCAUGGGAUGAUUCGGACUGAAAUAAGCGGAGCGGAAAUUGCGGAAGAGAUGGAAAAGGAGAGGCGCUUCUUCCAGCUGCAGAUGUGCGAGUAUCUACUGAAGGUCAACGAAAUCAAGAUUAAAAAGGGAGUGGAUUUACUUCAGAAUCUGAUCAAAUAUUUUCAUGCCCAAUGCAAUUUUUUUCAGGAUGGACUCAAAGCCGUGGAAAGCCUCAAACCUUCCAUUGAAACGCUGUCUACAGAUCUUCACACGAUCAAACAGGCCCAGGAUGAAGAAAGAAGGCAGUUGAUACAGCUUCGAGAUAUUUUGAAAUCCGCAUUGCAGGUUGAACAGAAAGAGGACUCCCAAAUUCGUCAGAGCACAGCUUAUAGCUUACAUCAGCCUCAGGGAAACAAGGAACAUGGGACCGAGCGGAACGGCAGCCUCUACAAGAAGAGCGACGGGAUCCGAAAAGUGUGGCAGAAAAGGAAAUGUUCAGUUAAAAAUGGUUUUCUGACCAUAUCCCAUGGUACCGCUAACCGGCCUCCUGCAAAGCUCAACCUGCUAACCUGCCAGGUGAAGACCAACCCUGAGGAGAAGAAGUGCUUUGACCUUAUUUCACAUGACAGAACUUACCACUUCCAAGCCGAAGAUGAACAAGAAUGUCAAAUAUGGAUGUCGGUGCUGCAAAAUAGCAAAGAAGAAGCUUUAAACAACGCAUUUAAGGGGGAUGACAAUACUGGAGAAAAUAACAUCGUCCAAGAACUGACAAAGGAGAUCAUCUCAGAAGUGCAGAGGAUGACGGGCAAUGACGUUUGCUGUGACUGUGGGGCACCAGAUCCUACAUGGCUUUCCACCAACCUGGGCAUCCUGACCUGCAUCGAGUGUUCCGGAAUCCACCGAGAGCUGGGGGUUCAUUACUCCAGGAUGCAGUCCCUGACCUUAGAUGUACUGGGAACGUCUGAGCUGCUGCUUGCCAAGAAUAUUGGGAAUGCAGGCUUUAAUGAGAUCAUGGAAUGUUGCCUACCAGCUGAGGACUCUGUCAAACCCAACCCAGGCAGUGACAUGAAUGCAAGAAAGGACUACAUCACAGCCAAGUACAUUGAGAGGAGAUACGCAAGGAAGAAGCACGCGGAUAACGCGGCGAAGCUUCACAGCCUUUGUGAGGCCGUCAAAACGAGAGAUAUUUUUGGAUUGCUCCAAGCUUAUGCUGACGGUGUGGAUCUUACGGAAAAAAUCCCACUGGCCAACGGACAUGAGCCAGAUGAAACUGCCCUUCACCUUGCAGUCAGAUCCGUGGAUCGAACCUCUCUUCACAUUGUAGACUUUUUAGUUCAGAACAGUGGGAACCUGGAUAAACAGACAGGGAAAGGCAGCACGGCCCUGCACUACUGCUGCCUGACCGACAAUGCCGAGUGCCUCAAGUUGCUCCUGCGAGGGAAGGCCUCCAUCGAGAUAGCAAACGAGUCAGGAGAGACUCCGCUGGACAUUGCCAAGCGCCUCAAGCACGAGCACUGUGAGGAGCUGCUGACCCAAGCCUUAUCUGGAAGAUUUAAUUCUCACGUUCAUGUUGAAUAUGAAUGGCGACUACUCCACGAAGACCUGGAUGAAAGUGAUGACGACAUGGAUGAGAAAUUGCAGCCCAGUCCCAACCGGCGAGAAGACCGGCCCAUCAGCUUCUACCAGCUGGGCUCCAACCAGCUUCAGUCUAACGCUGUAUCUUUGGCAAGAGAUGCUGCAAACCUUGCCAAGGACAAGCAGAGGGCUUUCAUGCCCAGCAUCUUGCAGAAUGAGACCUAUGGAGCCAUCCUGAGUGGCAGCCCACCUCCCGCCCAGCCGGCAGCCCCCAGCACCACCAGCGCCCCGCCUCUUCCUCCACGGAAUGUUGGCAAAGUUCAGACAGCCUCCUCUGCUAACACCCUGUGGAAGACAAACUCUGUAAGUGUGGACGGUGGAAGCCGGCAGCGAUCUUCGUCAGAUCCGCCAGCUGUCCAUCCACCGCUGCCCCCUCUUCGCGUGACAUCUACCAAUCCCCUGACCCCCACACCGCCCCCUCCUGUUGCCAAGACACCUAGCGUGUUGGAAGCCUUGAGCCAGCCGAGCAAGCCUACUCCGCCUGGGAUCUCGCAGAGCAGGCCCCCACCUCUGCCCCCACAGCCGCCCAGCCGCCUCCCGCAGAAGAAGCCUGCGCCGGGGGCUGACAAGUCCACCCCGCUGACCAACAAAGGCCAACCAAGAGUACCUGUGGAUCUUUCUGCAACAGAAGCUCUGGGUCCUCUGUCCAAUGCUAUGGUCCUGCAGCCCCCCGCACCCAUGCCUAGGAAGUCGCAGGCAACCAAGUUGAAGCCUAAGCGGGUGAAAGCGCUCUAUAACUGUGUGGCCGACAACCCCGAUGAGCUAACCUUCUCCGAGGGGGAUGUGAUCAUCGUGGACGGGGAGGAGGACCAGGAGUGGUGGAUUGGCCACAUUGAUGGAGAUCCUGGUCGCAAAGGCGCAUUCCCAGUGUCAUUUGUGCACUUUAUCGCUGACUGAAUUGCUACUGAACAAAAGCAUUAACAGUUAUGUUCCUGUUUUGUUGUUGGUACCAAAACUCUUGCCAGAUAACCAGUUUCAUGAACUGUUUGUACGGUAGCCCAUGUUCUCUAAUGCCACUGCUCUGUUUUAAAAACUGAGGCAAUUUUUACAUAUCAGUAAUUGUUUUUAUAAUUUGUGGUUUUCACGAAACAUUGCUAUGCAUUUAUUAGGAAAAACUGAAUUUCCCAACAGGUGAACUGAAAAGUUAUUUUAACUAUUAUACAUAAUCAAGAUCCUGCCUCUACGGAAUUUGCUAAACCUAAAAAUGUUUGCAUUGAUUGUAUUGGAAAUAAACUCUUCCUGCAUUCCUUGGCCCAAUUCUGGAGUGGUGACCUUCAGCACAAUUAUUAUUUUAGAUGGCCAGUCAACUGCUGCUUCAGAAGUCCAUAGCCCGGCUCUGGACUUUCUCAAUAAAAUGCCAUCGGUUCACCUUUAAAGACACGUAUUACUUUGAAAUCCACCCAGUGUUUAAAAAACAACUUGGAAAUUUACACAUUAGCAUUGUACUUUCUAGCCCUAAUUUGUGAGGUUGCAACUAUCACUAUAUUCUGCAUGUGUGUAUAACCUGUUGUGAACAAUCAUACUUAACAAAACUACUGAUGGUUUAUGACAACGUAGGGUAACUACAGUUCGUUCCGUUCCAGGUUAUAUAAAACUGCAUUUCCUGAAUUUGGUUAAAAACUAAGGAUGAUGGAUUGCAAAACAGUUCUUUUAAAUUAGUUUAUAUGCUUUAGAUGUUUCGGAAUUUGCCUUCUUGAACUUGCUGAAUCACACAGAAAGCAACUGUACCCAGUAGAAUUCUGUGGCGCAGACCACGCUGUAUUAACCCAUCACUUGCUGUUUCCUGCUGAGUGUACCACUGCCUUCCCUUCUAGCCCAUGAGAAUGUUUACUCAGUUUAGUGUCUUGUAUUUAUAUAAUACUCCAACAGGAAUGGUAGUCACACUGUCUUGAAAUUGAAUCUGUCCAUCUGUUUAUAAUCAAGAACAUAUCAGAAAUAUAUAGGCCCCAGAUAAUAAAAUACUCCCAAACAUCCCAGUUUUUACUAUUUAAGGCCAUCAUAUCAUUCUUAAGCUACUUGGGGUGGUAGUAGGGGGGAUUAGGUUGUAUAUUAUAAAACCAAAACUCAUUAGUUUAAUGAACUUGACUGUCAUACCUCUAUUUAGUAAUUGUGAGGGUAAGAUUCAUAGUAGGAAUAUUGGACAUUUUGGCUGAGAAUAAAGAGGCCUGUGAUGCCCACUUGGACUUUUAACACAAGUAAAGGAAUAAAUUGAGUGUAGGCUUGGAAAGUGGGGCAGCAGUGCUGUUGCUGCAUUUGUUGUGAUGGUACAUUUGAUUGAAGCAGCUUGUCUUUAUUAUGCAAGACUCUAUGUGUAGAGUUUUGGGUUUUUUUUUUUGGCAUUGUACGUUUUUUGCUGUUAUAAAGGAAGACAGAACAAACUGGAAUGUUUUAUGAUGUAUAGCAAUCGCUUUUUGCCUUUCAAAGUUCUGGGUAAAAAUGUGUUAGAUCUGUAGUUUUUUUUGUUUUUUGUUUUUUUUUUAAAGCACUACAUCUGUUUUCACUAAUUGUUAAUUUGUUUGAACCCUUCAUUUAAUUUUCUCAUAGAUUUAAGUAAACAGAUGUAUUUUGCACAGUGCACUUAUGUCUAUUUUAACAAUCCUCCUCCAUCUGUAUUUUAUAGUCAGCCUUUGACCACCUGGUGCCAGCUAUAUAAGGAAUAAAGUUGAUUGAUAUCAACAUUAGAACUCCAGUCCCAAACUAAUCUAUCAGGUUCACUGGUACAUAAAUAUCUAGGAAAUAUUUUUCCAGUCUACAAUUUGGUGCUAUUGUGCAGUAACUAAUAGUACUCUUAACAGAGGAGAAAUUAUAUUAACGUCCCUGCUAAUAUCCUUUCUUAGUUAUUUGCUCUUUGCAAAUUAAAAAAGCAACUGAGAGAAAGAAAAACAUUGUAGAUAUCUAUUUAUAUUUAAAGUUUAUGUUUCACAUACUGCAGCUGCAGGAUUCUGGCAUUUUGCAUGCCAUUCUCCAUCAGAUCUGGGAUGAUGGCUCAGAAUAGGUACACAGACUAAGAGUUACUGUGUGAUCUGUUAAGGGGUGGAUAACAUAAUAUGCAGCUUAGGAAGCUAUUUUGAGAUGUAUGAUAUUCAGUUCAUUCACCUGAUUACUUUGGUUGCAGCACAACUGUAUAUACUGUAUAACCAAAAUUGAUUAUUUUCAUUGUCCUUAAUGCAGUGAUUUAUAACUAGAGCAUGUUUAAUAAGUUUACUCUUCUUGUUAACUAGUCAUUUGACUGGAAAAAAAUAAAAUACUUUUAAAUGGA